AUGCCAGCAGCUUCUAAGGACAACAAUGACAUUUCUGUGGGCAUGUCCAAAAAGUGCCAAAUUGAGUCAACAGAUAGAUCUGACAAUGAGGUGACCCAAGGCCCUGCUGCUACUAGCAUGAUGAAGCAAGCUCCAAAACAGAAGCCAAAGAAAAGGAAGAAAAAGCAAGCUUCAACAUCAGAUGAUGACGAAGCUUCACAAACACAAAACAAGCAACAACCCACUGCUGAUGUCAACCACUUUUUCAAGAAGCUAAAUGUCCCUAGUAGCAACAAGAAAAAGGUGAAAUGCAAGUCAUGCUGGAUGGUACAGGAUGCAUAUCAUAAGGCAAAGGUGAACAAUUUUGAUUCAAUGCUUCCUGAUGACACCGCUGCUCACUGUGCUGCCCAAAAACCUCAACAAAGUGGCAUGUCUAACCACUUUUCGAAAGCUGAAGCUCAACCAAAGGAAGCUCUGCUGAUGCCAUACUCCAAUGAUUUGUCUCAUGAGGUCAUGAUUGAAUGGCUUAUUGAAAUGAACCAACCCAUUCAAGCCUUUGACCAUCUGAAAUUCAAGAAGAUGAUGGACAUCGCAGUAUGA